AUGUUCAGGCCCCUGACCCAGGGCUGGAGGGGCCUUCUGCCCCCUGUGGCUCUGCUCUCCACGAGAAGCACCAGCAGUGGGACCAGCACUGGCGUCAAAUUUGCCGGCAAAGUCGCUGUGAUCACAGGCUCCACAAAUGGGAUCGGCUUGGCCAUCGCCCGGCGUCUGGCCCAGGAUGGGGCCCACGUGGUCAUCAGCAGCCGGAAGCAGCAGAACGUGGACCGGGCGGUGGCUGCGCUGCAGGGCGAGGGGCUGAGUGUGACGGGCACCAUGUGCCACGUGGGGAAGGCCGAGGACCGGGAACGGCUAGUGGCCACGGCCCUGGAACACUGUGGGGGUGUGGACUUCCUGGUGUGCACAGCAGGGGUCAAUCCCUUGGUGGGAAGCACCUUGGGGAGCAGUGAGCAGGUCUGGGACAAGAUCCUGAACAUCAACGUGAAGGCCCCAGCCCUGCUGCUGAGCCAGCUGCUGCCCCACAUGGAGAAAAGGGGGCAAGGCUCCGUGGUCCUGGUUUCCUCAAUUUCUGCCUACAUCUCAUUUGCUAGGCUGGGGGCCUACAAUGUCAGUAAAACAGCCUUGCUGGGCCUCACCAAAACCCUGGCUGUGGAGUUAGCACCAAAAAACAUCCGGGUGAACUGCCUAGUACCGGGAAUCAUCAAGACACCCUUCAGUCAAGAGGUAAGGACCACAGGCAGCUCGUGGUCUCAACCCCACCUGGUCUUUCCCUGCAGAGAGGGGCAGCCUGAGGACUGCGCAGGGCUCGUGUCCUUCCUGUGCUCUCCCGACGCCAGCUAUAUCUCCGGCGAGAACAUCGUGGUGGCCGGUUUUUCCCCCCACCUCUGA